CUCCCCCCAUCCCCCUCUCUGAUGAAGGGUCUAGGCCCGAAACGUCAGCUUUUGUGCUCCUGAGAUGCUGCUUGGCCUGCUGUGUUCAUCCAGCUUCACAUUUUGUUGUUAUGGUGUAUUGUGUUAGAAGACGUGCAACAUUUUAAAAGAACGUAAUGCUUGUUAAAAAUUCACCUUGAUCACUUCUCAUUGAACAAUCAUUAAUGAAACAGCUUGGCAUUGGGCCAUCUUUUUGAUUGCCUACGUUGUUGGUAGAAAAUAGACUUGAUUUUUCAACGUAGUGGAGGGGAAAGCGACUCCAGGAUCUAAUUCUUUACUGAAGGUGAUAUUAUUCACUGUGAAUCAAAAAGAAAUAACGCAAAAUGGCACAGUUUGGAGGAACUCCAAUGGUUGUAAUGACCCAGCCUGCAGCCACAUCAAAAAGGGAAUGGAAUACGGGACUGUGGAGCUGUUGUGAUGAUCUGGGAAUAUGUUGCUGUGGCAUGUUCUGCCUACCUUGUCUAGGCUGUCAAAUUGCAGGGAACAUGGGUGAAUGUUGUCUCUGUGGUACCAGCAUGGCUAUGAGAACUCUUGUCAGAGCAACAUACAACAUUUCAGGAUCCCUCUGCAAAGAUUUCUGUGCAACUGCUUUUUGCCUCCCAUGCUCUCUUUGCCAAAUUAAAAGAGAAAUUAAUUAUGUAAGAUGAGACCGCUUAGAGGUUUGCUGGAUAUAUUACACAAUUGUGUGGCAGAUGCGACCUUUAUUUAUCAUAAUUCAUCUGAUAUAAAAUGAAGAUUGAUGGAAAGAGCAACAGAAGAAAGCAAACUAGAAAUUGCAUUAUUUAGCAGAUUAAAACCCAACAGAAUUAACUUCUUUUCAUUUAAUUUAGUGAAGCUAUUUGAUGGAGUAAGAUGAUAUAUCAGAUUGCCAUUGAUGUUCAAAUUGAAUGACAUACAGAUCAAAAGGACAGAUUGUUUUGAUUAUUUUAACUUUUGGUGAUCAGAGCAGUGCCAUUGGUGUUAUUGAAGCAAACAGAUCCACCCAAAGCCACAAUGAUCCAAAUUGGACAAAAUUCAAAUGGUAGCGAAUGUACCCAGAAAAACUCAGUUAGGCUUCAAAUUCAGAAUUCACUUCUUUGUGGCAGCUUCUAAAUCUGCAAAUUUUAAACAUUAUUUUACAUGAAUAAAUUAAAUCUGAAACCACUUUAAUAAAAUGAAGAUUUUUUGUUGUUGAUUUUUCAUAAUUUGUACCAAAUAUAAGACGAAAUAAAAA